UCUGUUCUUCCUCCUAUUGAUGGUGGUACAAGAGCAUGGACAUUUUUACUUGGUGCUUUUUUGACAGAAGUGAUAUGUUUAGGAGGCGCAUUCAGCUUUUCCAUCUUCCAGGACUAUCUAGUAGAAUCAAAAGAAUCUCCUUUGAAAGACGCAAAUAACGUUGGUGUGAGUGCAAUCGGUACCAUGUUGGUCUGUCUUUCCUACUUUGCUCCUCCGCUCGUUCGUGGCAUUUGGGCUCGCUUUACGAUGUGGAACCGAUGGAUGGGAUUUGCAAGCUUAUCACUUGCAGGAUUAAGCUUGAUCAUUGCAAGCUUCGGAAACAGUACCGCUUUUAUGGUCGUAUUCAUGGGUAUUUUACCCGGUACAUUCUUGGGAAUCGGAACGCUAAACUACUUGAUCUGGCUUCCACAAUGGUUCUUGAAGAAGAGAGGAUUGGCAAAUGGCAUUGCUUUUGCCGGUGCAGGUACUGGAGGUAUCAUUUACCCUUUCGUGCUCAAUGUUGCAUUGAACAAAGUUGGCUUUCAAUGGACUUUGCGUAUUUGGGCUUUCAUCAUCGUAUUCAUCGGAGGAUUUUCCACCCUUUUGAUUCGACCCCGUAUACCACCAACCCGAAAAUCUCGCUCAAAAAAUGCAAAGAAUGCUUUGAAAAAGUCUCUGAAAUCUUUAUCGUUCGGAAAAUCUCCUCUAUUCGUUCUGAAUGCGUUGGCGACAUUUGUGGUUAGCAUGGGCUUUUUUGCCGUCUCUUUCUAUUUGGCAGUCUAUUGCAGAAGUUUAGGCUUAAGUUCUGGUACGUCAACGGGAAUCGUUGCGGCUUUCAAUGCCGCCGCACUAUCGGGAGAGAUUAUCAUUGGACAUGCAUGUGAUCGAUUCCCAUAUCCAUCAAUUAUCUUUUUGAUCGGUGCUAUGGCUUCUAGUUCGGCAUUUUUACUGUUUGGUCUGGCUCAAUCACUUGUUGGUGUGAUCUUUUUCGUCUUGUUGUUUGGAAUGGCAGCAGGUAGCUAUUGUUCUAUUUGGACACCGGCGGCAUAUGAUAUUUCACGCUUAUACAAUAUGCAAACGGCAAACGUUUUAUUGGGAUUAACCAUUCCGAGAGGUUUAGCAUCAGCUAUUGGACCUUUAAUUGCGGCCGCAUUGUAUCAUCCGGAAAAGAAUCAAGCGAAAGCAAUUUUUGGUGCAUUUGGAUUUGAUGGCUUGAUCGUUUUCGUGGGUGCAUGUAUG